AUGCCUCUAAUGCCCCUGAGAAGAACCUCGAGAAGAACUAACACAGGAGAAAAUUUGUAUGUGUCCAAUGAAGGUAAAGAAAACAUGUACCAGAAGUCAGAACUCAUUAGAGAUCAGAUCCUUCGAAAUGCAGAGAAUCCAUAUGAAUGCAAUGAGCACAGAAAAGCCUUUAACCAGCAAGUAUUGCUAAUUGGGCCACAGAGACUCAACACAAAAAAAUCUUAUGAAUGUAGUGAGUGUGGAAAAAAGUUUCCUCGUAAGUCAAGAUUAAUCACACACCAGAGGGUCCACACAGGAGAGAAACCUUAUGAAUGUAGGGAGUGUGGAAAAGCUUUUUCUUGUAAGUCAAACAUGACCGCACAUCACAGAAUGCACACUGGGGGAAAACCUUAUGAAUGUAUUCAGUGUGGGAAAUGCUUUUCUUAUAAGCAACACCUCAUUGCACAUCAGAGAAUCCACACUGUGGAAAAACGUUAUGAAUGUAAUGAGUGUGGAAAAGCUUUCCUUCAUAAGUCAAGCAUGGUCAUACAUCAGAGAAUCCACACUGGGGAAAAACCUUAUGAAUGCAGUGAGUGUGGGAAAGGCUUUCCUUGUAAGCGACACCUCAUUAGACAUCAGAGAAUCCACACAGGGGAAAAACCUUAUGAAUGUAGUGAGUGUGGAAAAGCUUUUGCUGAUAAAUCAAACCUCAUUACUCAUCGGAGAAUCCACACUGGGGAAAAGCCUUAUGAAUGUAGUGAGUGUGGAAAAUCUUUUUCUAAUAAGUCAAGCAUUAGAUCACAUCAGAGAAUCCACAGUGGUGAAAAACCUUAUGAAUGUAGAGAGUGUGGAAAAGCUUUUUCUGAUAAAUCAAGCAUUAGAUCACAUCAAAGAAUACAUACAGGUGAAAAACCUUAUGAAUGUAGUGCGUGUGGAAAAGCUUUUAUUCGCAAGUCACACCUCAUUAGACAUCAGAGAAUCCACACAGGGGAAAAACCUUAUGAAUGUAGUGAGUGUGGAAAAGCUUUUAUUGGUAAAUCAAGCCUCAUUACUCAUCAGAGAAUCCACACUGGGGAAAAGCCUUAUGAAUGUAGUGAGUGUGGAAAAUCUUUUUCUAAUAAGUCAAGCAUUAGAUCACAUCAGAGAAUCCACAGUGGUGAAAAACCUUAUGAAUGUAGAGAGUGUGGAAAAGCUUUUUCUGAUAAAUCAAGCAUUAGAUCACAUCAAAGAAUACAUACAGGUGAAAAACCUCAUGAAUGUAGAGAGUGUGGAAAAGCUUUUAUUAGCAAGUCACACCUCAUUAGACAUCAAAGAAUCCACACAGGGGAAAAACCUUAUGAAUGUAGUGAGUAUGGAAAAGCUUUUAUUGGUAAAUCAAACCUCAUUACUCAUCAGAGAAUCCACACUGGGGAAAAGCCUUAUGAAUGUAGUGAGUGUGGAAAAGCUUUUCUUCAAAAGUCAAGCAUUAGAUCACAUCAGAGAAUCCACACAGGUGAAAAUCCUUAUGAAUGUAGAGAGUGUGGGAAAGGCUUUCCUUGUAUGUCACCCCUCUUUAGACAUCAGAGGGUCCACACUGGGGAAAAACCUUAUGAAUGUAGAGAGUGUGGAAUAGCUUUUUCUCAGAAGUCACACCUAAUCACACAUCAGAGGGUCCACACAGGGGAGAAACCUUAA